UUUUUCAUUUUCCACAAUUAAAUAAAGAAAAACUCAAAUCUCCCUCCGACCCUUCUCCUUCAAUCCAAAAACCGUUACACUGAACACACCAGAAUGCUCACUUUCUCCAAACCCACCCGCCGCCACCCUGCCGCCCAUCAUGCACCCAAAGCCCCGACCCACUAAACCCCCAAACCCGACCCGAUGACCCAAAACCGGCCGUCUUGGUCCAUCGAUCCCGAGCUGGAUGGGAUCGACCUCGACCCCUCCGACUUUGCCGCCUCCGUCGCCCUCAAGAAAGUCCCCAACGGCGACGUUUUCGAGGCCUCACGUGCCGGCGAUGUUGACCGCCUCGCGUACCUGUUGGAGUCCGGAGUCAACGUGAACGCACGUGACCAGUGGGACUCGGUGGCUCUCUACUACGCGUGCCUCGCCGGACACCUCGAGGCCGCCCGGAUGCUGCUCGAGAACGGCGCCAUAUGCUCCGAGCACACCUUCGACGGCGACCGAUGCCACUACGCCGCGCUUAAUUUGAAGGUGCGGAAGCUAUUGAAGGCGUUUGAGGCCAGGCCCCCGCCGCUGAACCCCUUACAGGCCGCCAUGAGGGAGACCUUCUUGGGAUGCGGGGCGAAUAGGGCUUAUUUGGAGCAGGCUGAUGAUGCCCACAUUGAAAUUUCAGGUUUUCAAUCCAAUGAUGGGUCCAGUUUCAACUACUUCCCUCCAGAUGUGAUAUUUUAUGUUCAAGGUAGAGCCAUCGAAGCUCACAGAGUCAUCUUAAGUGCCCGUUCACCAUUUUUCAGAAGAAAGUUUGCGACUGAUUGGAAGCAUCGCAAAGAAGUAAGAUUUGCUAGGGAGAAAUUGUCGUAUCCUGCUUUAUACAGUCUCAUCCAUUUCUUUUACUCAGACAGACUAGAGGUUGCUGUAGAUGAUAUGGAGGAUGUUGUGAGGAUCUGCAAAGUAUGUAAAUGUGAAUCUUUACAAAGCUCGUCGUCAACUGAGCAGGCCGGGGAAUUAUUUGAUGCUGCUGCUAGAUAUUUACUGUUUCCUCUUAAACGUGCGGUAGCUGAUGUACUACUGCCGCACCUGGAAGAGGCCUCACCUGCAGAACUGUGCCAUUGGCUGCAAUUGUCAGACAUGUACGACGUGCCGAAGAUAAGGGAAUUUUGUCUCGAUACCAUAGCUUGUAAUUUUGAGACAUUUGCCGAAAUGAGUGAGUUCCGAGCAAUGCUGUUGACUCUGCCUCCACCAUCCGGGGAUUCAUCUUUUCGGACUACUGUUCCAAGUGCACCAGGAGCUGAAGUCAAUACGGACCAGUGCAACCUUCUCGAUGACUUGCGAGAAAAAUGGCUUGAAGCUGAAGCUGCUGAGCUUGACAAGAGAGACGAGAGUGCGUUGAUUUUCGACAAACGCCUCGAGAUGCUCAUGGUUGUCGCAGAACGAGAAAAAUCCGAUGGUUUUGCCAACGACGAUAUUCCUAAUGGUCCUAGAACAUCUUUAUACCCUUACGCUACUACCCCCAUGUCAAGUGAACAAAAACAUGAAAAUGUAGACUAGCCAAUUUUUUUCCUGGGAAAUUGGGUGAAAUGUAGAUUUUACAAUUAUCAAUUGCCACAGUGAUCUAAAUCUCUCUGCGAUAUUAUGCGGGUGGUGGAUUCAUUAAUUAGGGGUCUCUCAUCCAUCUUAUUCAGAGGAGUGUAGUGUAUUAAAAUUUAUACGGACUUUUGUUGAGUUUUAAAGUGAUAGGCUUAUACGGAUUUAGUAAACUUUUACUGACUAUUAUAAACUCUAUAAAAUUCCAUAGACUUUUGAUGAUA